UCAUUUGACAACACCACUCUAGUCAUUCAUUUUUUCUUCUCUAGGGUCAAUUGAUCCGUUUCAUUCAUUCUUUGAGUGUGUUGUUAAUACGAAUAAUUGAUAUUCAUAUCUCUUUCAUUUUCCUUUAGAAUAUCAUCAUAAUAUCAAUAUCAUGCGUCAAUCAGUCUUUGUCCUUGCGGCUCUGUCUUUAUGGCAGGGUUGCACUGCCCAAGGUACCAAAGAGACACUAAUCCCAUAUCAUCCAGCAGAUCUCGGACUUGUGAGAAGAGAUGCACCACCUACCAUAACUCUUCAAGAUGAAGUCAGUCUUAUCUGGGGAUCAUCAAAUGGUAUGUCAGUUUUCCUUCCUGGCGCUUACCAUAGCUAAUCAAGAAAAGGUUCAACUUUCGUCAAUGUAACCCUUAACACAGGCGAGACCGAACUUGUCAUCUCUACUGAACACUUUGCCAGCAGUCUUACGGACGUACAAUGCACAGGUGACCUGGCUCUUACUUUCAAAGAUAACGCCACCUUCCAAGAUGCCAUUGCCGAUUGGUCUUGGGUUAAUUUCCACGAGAAUCGCACAUUCUUUUUAAUUAACAACUGGGGUUCUUGCGCCGCUGCCUCAGAAUCUGGUAGACAGCCAUGGAUUGUUCACGGAGUCGAUGUUUACGAUGAACAAAACUUCAUCGUCAACUUCAAUGCUACCCUUGCAGACUGGGAUGAUGUUAUGUCUGAUGCUGUUAUUGAAUUUGGAUCUAUGCCGUCUACUUCAACCAAAAGAGAUGACACUAUUAGCAAGUCCUUAUCUCUCAGUUUAGCCCACGAUCUUCCCCAGACUUUCUUCAGCAAGACUACCAAUAAUGGACUCGAUUUCUCCAUUACCUGCCCAGGUUGUGCUACCACUGGUUCCAUCAAUGUUCAAGGAAAGAUUGUUAUGAACACCAACUUCAUUGGUAUUCCUACUAGUGUAAAGUCUGUGUCUAUCAAUGCUACUCCACAAGGUGUAGGUGCCAAUUUGGCUCUUGGAUUUACGGUAUCCGGUACAUUAGGUAGCGGAUGGUCAAAAGACUGGAACCUGAUCACUGUUGGCCUUCCAGGAUGGUCCAUUCCAAAGAUCAUCGAUUUGGGUCCACAAUUCAGUGUUGAUGCCGGUUUCACUCUCAGCGGUAUUGAAGGAAAUGCCGAUAUCAGCGCUGGUAUCAACGUUGCCAUCCCUGAUUCCUCUUCUGCUGUUCUCGGUAUCAGUGGUAUUGAUUCUAGCUUCAACGGCUGGAUCCCAACUAUUACUCCUCAAACUCCCAAGGUCGACGUGGAGGUUGAUGGAAACUUGGAAUUGUUCACCUCAAUUGGUCUUGAUGUUGGACUUACCGUUCUCGGCAAGUAUGGUUUUGGAGGUGGACUUUUCCUCACAAUCCCAGAUGUCAAAAUUGAUCUCGGAGCCGAAUUCAACACUCAAGGUGUAUGCUCUGGUUCAGCCGAUGUCUUUGGUGUUAAAUUGGGUGCAACAGUUGGUGUUGAUCUUGGACUUGGUGUGUACACCGAAUCUGGUGGAGACAAGACCUGGAAGGCAAACACCACCAUCUAUUCAAACAGCAACUUGAUCACUCCUAUCGAUAAAUGUUUCCCACUUGGCCCAACUCUUCCAGCUACUAUCAAAGGUGUAUCUAUCAAGACUGUUGGUACCGUUCCAGUCUCUUCCUCUACUAAAGCAGCCAGUACCACACAGGCAGCUACUACUUCUGCCAAGCCAACUAGCUCUGCCUCUUCAUCCAAUGCUUCGACUACUGCUGUCAGUUCCACUGGUAGGACUUCAGGAUCAGCAUCAGGCACUACUAUUAAAGCCUCUGGAACUGGCGUAUCUUCAUCCAUCAAGGUAUCCGGAACUGGUGUCGCAUCAAGCAAAAUUGUUGGUACUGGUGUUUCAUCAUCCAUUCAUGGAUAUGCAACUUCUCAUGCUUCUUCCUCUAGUAGCAAGCUCUCCGGGACCGGAAUCUCUUCAUCCAUCUAUGGAUAUGCAACUGCUCCCGCCUUAUCAUCUACUGGCAAACUCUCCGGGACUGGAAUCUCUUCAUCCAUCCAUGGAUAUGCAACUGCUCCCGCUUUCUCAUCUACUGGCAAGCUCUCUGGGACUGGAAUCUCUUCAUCCAUCCAUGGAUAUGCAACUGCUCCCGCCUUAUCAUCUACUGGCAAACUCUCCGGGACUGGAAUCUCUUCAUCCAUCCAUGGAUAUGCAACUGCUCCCGCUUUCUCAUCUACUGGCAAGCUCUCUGGGACUGGAAUCUCUUCAUCCAUCCAUGGAUAUGCAACUGCUCCCGCCUUAUCAUCUACUGGCAAACUCUCCGGGACUGGAAUCUCUUCAUCCAUCCAUGGAUAUGCAACUGCUCCCGCUUUCUCAUCUACUGGCAAGCUCUCUGGGACUGGAGUCACUUCAUCCGUUUAUGAAUACGGGAGCGCUCCUGUCUAUUCUUCGACUACCAAAAUUUCAGGAACUGGAGUUUCUUCAUCUAGCAAGGUCAUUGGUACAGGUGUCUCAUCUGUUUCAUACGGUACCCACCCUGAUACCACGCUUUCAUAUGUCAAAGGUGCCAGCACUUCAACUCACGUAACCGAAGGAUAUGGUGGUUUUACGACUUCGCUUGCUAAGUCUCCUAGCAUUGUUGUGAGCAGCAGCUCUCUCUAUAUCUCUGCUUCCGGAGUUAGCUCAGUCAAGACCGCCGUCGCUUCAUCCGGCACCUCAUCUGUUCUAGGAAAUGAGACCAGUAAAUCCUCCUCCUCUUCAACUAAGGCGACCACAACAGUUGGUGGCCCAGUCUACGGAUAUCCUACCUCUUCUGCGCUUGGCCUUGAGACAAGCAAAGCUUCUUCUUCCACGGCAGCUUCAACGACCAAGGUCUCCAGCACAGUAGUAGCAAGCUCCACCUCAACAAAAGCAUCUUCAACAGUCAUACCCACUAAAUCCGCCACCGGCACCAUCGCCCCAGCCCCAAUUGCCACCGGUACAAUCCCCACCUGUGACAAAUGGGUAAUCAUCGAAGAUACCGGCUGCUCAUGUCAAAACAUCGAGAACUUCUAUGGUGUCAGCUCUGCCAAUCUUCUUACCUGGAACCCAGCUCUAGGAAGCGAGUGUAAAUUGACCAUCGGGGAAGCCGUCUGUAUUGGAGUUAAGGGCUACUACAAACGCGCUGUUAAUGGUCGUCUUGCUCGAUUCGUCCAUGCUUAAUUGAAUUUUCUGCAUCAUUUGAGCUAAUGAAAUAGGGUAUUAAAUAUGAUAUGAAUGAUAUCCGCACCCCCUGGGAGGAUCAGCGGAUGGGAUUUUUAUAUUUCUUUAUAUUUCUUUUCUACUUUUUAUUUUUUGGGUUAGGGAAUGAAUGGCUGGAUCGGCGGAAAUGGCUGGUUUUAGUGGGGGGCUUAUUAUUGCAUUUCUGCAUUCUGUAUGAGUAGCAUGAAUAUGAGGA